GACGCCGGCGACUUUUCCCAUUAUUCACGUUUCAUUUCUCUUUGCACAAGCAUGGAUGCCGAAGAGGGAAGAGAGAAGAAAAGAGUCAAGCUUGCAGAUUAUCCUUCCAACAGAACGGUGGUUCAGAUGGGUCUUCAUCUUCUCCCACGGGAGAUUCUGCUCGAAAUCCUAUCAAGACUCCCGAUCACCUCUCUGAUCCACUUCAAGAUCACUUCCCAUGCCGGCUAUGAUUUAAUCGUAGAUCCAAGACUCCCUCCGAUGUUCCGCAACUGGGUAAGCGACUCAAACCCAUGUCUGAUUCUGUUCAGGAACGAUUCCGUUGCCACCCGGGGACUCUAUUUUGUGGGUAGUGAGGGUCGUAGUAAUAGAAGGGUUAGGAGAAUCGACCCACCACAGCAUUCAGACGUUGAUAAUCUGGUGGGUUCUUGUAACGGGCUGUUAUGCUUAUCCUUUCCCAUAAUCGGUGGUUCAUCGGUGUUUCACAGUCUGCUAAUUUACAAUCCUUUUGUUGGAGACGCUGUGAGAGUCCCACCAGCGAACCGAUUUCUGAAGCAAAGGGAAGUUUUUGGAUUUGGGUUCCAUCCGAGGACAGGAGAAUUCAAAGUGGUCAGGAUUGUGAGCUACGACAAGAUCGUGGCGAUAGCAAACCCGAAUGUAUUCACAACCGUUUGUGAAUCAAUGGUUCAGGUGUUUACCGUAGGAACAACAGAAUGGAGAAACAAAGGAGCUCCGCCUGAACAGUUCCAGUAUGGAUCACCUCCGGUCUUAGUGGAAGGAUCUCUCCAUUGGUUGAUGGUUGUUAGGAUGGAAGAAGUCGAUCCUAUCUUUGGUAUUAUCUCCUUCGACCUUGCAGAUGAGGUGUUCGAAGAAAUUCCGCACCCACCUUGUCAACAACUUGUGUCCCGUGACUACAGUCUUUCCGUGCUCAAUGGGUGUCUAUCGGUAGCUAGGUUAGUUGAUGCUGUGCAUUUUGAUAUCUGGGUUAUGAGGGAAUACCAUGUUAGGGAAUCUUGGGUAAAACAAUUCUCCUUUGAUCCCCGUUUUCCUGGUGGGCGGCCAAGCUUCUUAGGAAGAUUUCCCAAAGUUAUAUGUGCACUGAAGAAUGGUGAGAUUCUGUUGCAGUGUAAUGACAGUUCUCUAGUUUCUUAUGAUCCUGUAGAAAACAGAUUCAAGACUCUUCAAAUAGGUGGGUUAUCCAAGCAGUUCCAGGCAUUUCCUUUUCUACCUUCUCUUUUCUCAGCAAAGGCAACCAUGAAUUUGCAACUUUAACUCUCUCUCUUGAAUCAACCCUUUUUCUGUAAGACUCCACUACUAGUUUUUUAGUUUGUGUUGAAUCUUUGAUCAUCAAUGCAUCAGCAACAGUUUGUGUUAUUUACAUCGUCAUGGAUGACCUUUGUUGUAUGGCAAUGAGACCCACCUGACUAUUAUCUGGCUUUUUCUUGAAAAGCAAUUUUGAAAAACGGGGAAAUUGUGUUGGAGUGUAACAGGUGUCAUAAUGUUCCUCUUGGAAUGGUGAUUGAAGAUUUUGGUUCGAGCUGGGUGGGAAGAUUCAUCAAGAGUUUUAUGUGUCCUGAAGAACAGGCAGACUGUGUUGGAGUGUAACAAGAAAGCUCUGGUUUCUUAUGAUCCUAAGACCAACAGGUCCAGGGCUCUAAACAUCAACCGGCUUCCGCAGCAGUUUCAAGCUUUUGCUUUCCAGCAUACUCUGUUCUCUGUAAAGGAAACCUUUGAAAUGAAGGUUUAAUAUAAUCUUCACAACUCU